AGAAAGAAGGAAGAGAGAAAAAAGCAGCAUUGAGAAGUCCAAAAGGAAAGGCCCACAGACAGCUCCAAAAGCCACUCUCCAUCUAUUGAUUGUAUUCCGAAACGAAAAUGAUGAUGAUGAGAUAGGCACUGUCACUGGGACACAAUGCGCUUAAAAAACUGUUUUCUCCCGCGAAAAAGCACUUCCCGUGAAUUACAAUAUUGCGCAUCAGAACUGUAAAGCCUACACUUCCUCGUGACCCCUUCCCCUUCUCUUCCAUUCGUUUUUCCUUCUCUCUUUCUCUCUUUCUCUCUUUCUUUCUCCUCUUCGCUUCUCUUCUCAGGUUUGCGUAUUGCCACGCACCAUGGUCAAGGAAACGGAGUACUACGAUAUCCUCGGGAUCACUCCCUCUGCCUCCGAAGACCAAAUUCGCAAGGCCUAUUACCAUAAGGCAAUGCAAGUUCAUCCCGAUAAAAACCCGAACGAUCCUCGCGCUGCCGAGAAGUUCCAGAUAUUGGGUGAAGCCUACCAAGUUUUGAGUGAUCCAGUUCAGAGGAAUUCGUACAAUCAAAAUGGGAAGCAUUCUGUAUCGAGGGAAACUAUGCUUGACCCCAUGGCUGUCUUCGCCCUGCUCUUUGGAAGUGAAUUGUUUGAGGACUACAUAGGGCAUCUGGCUGUGGCAUCAAUGGCUUCUUCUGAGCUUGCUGAUGAAAGUGAGGAUCCUGAUAAACUGAAUGAGAAGUUAAAGGCUGUCCAAAGAGAAAGGGAAGAAAAGCUAGCAAGAAAUUUGAAAGAUUAUCUUGCCCAAUAUGUUCGUGGUGACAAAAAGGGAUUCUUCCUACGAGCAGAAUCUGAAGCAAGACGGCUUUCUCGUGCUGCAUUUGGAGUUGACAUGUUACAUACCAUCGGCUACAUAUAUUCAAGACAGGCAGCACAAGAACUAGGGAAAAAGGCCAUUUAUCUUGGGGUGCCAUUUUUGGCUGAAUGGGUACGCAAUAAAGGACAUUUCUGGAAAUCACAACUCACAGCUGCUAAAGGUGCUUAUCAGUUAAUUCAGCUUCAAGAAGACAUCCGCAAGCAAUUUAAAAUGGAUAGUAGUAGUGGCCCUGAAAAUGAUGUUGACUCUCACAUUCGCCUCAAUAAGGACACAUUGAUCAGUUCCUUGUGGAAGUUAAAUGUAGUGGACAUAGAAGUUACCCUUGUACACGUGUGUCAAAUGGUGCUAAAGGAAAACAAUGUCAAGAAAGAGGAACUUAAAGUUCGGGCUACUGCUCUUAAAAUUCUUGGGAAGAUAUUUCAGGACAAGUAUCCAAAAGGAGAAACUUUGAGGAAGAAGAUUGCAGCUAGUUCUGAUGACGAAGGAAGCACUUCUGAUUCUUCAGACGAUGAAUCGCCUAGAGCAAUUUCCUAUCGAACUCCCUUUUUCACGCAGGGUCUCGGUAGACUUUUCAAAUGCCUCUGUAAUCCAGCAUUUGAUGUGGAUGAUGAAGAGAUAGUUUACAAAAGCAAAUGACUCAUGAACUUAAAGACACUACGAAACAAAAAAAUCAGUCCUUUCAAUAUUUUGUUCGUGAGAUGAUAUACUAAAAGGACUUUUCUGAUACCCUCUGAAGCGUAGUUUUGGGAAGAAUGGGGCAAGCCGUGAAUAAUCAAUCAUAUUUCGUUGCUUGUUGUCAUAGUCUUCGCCCUCAAGUUUUACAUGUGUCAUAACACUUGGUCAAGUGUAACAUUUCUGUCAAAUCCACAACACUUUUCUUUUUCUUUUCCUUUUGUAUCUCACAAAAUUGGAAAUG